ACCACGGCAGCGUACCGGCCGUUAAUCUCGGUGUACAGCGAGAAGAGCGAGAGCACUGGCACCAGCGUCAAGCUGCCGGUCGUCUUUCGGGCUCCCAUCCGCACUGACAUCGUCAACUACGUGCACACCAACAUCCGCAAGAACCGUCGCCAACCCCAUGGUGUCUCCAAGGAGGCAGGUCACCAGACCAGCGCCGAGUCAUGGGGCACUGGUCGUGCCGUAGCGCGUAUUCCCCGUGUUCGAGGUGGCGGCACUCACCGUUCCGGCCAGGGUGCCUUCGGCAACAUGUGCCGUGGUGGUCGCAUGUUCGGUCCGAUCCGAGUGUGGCGCCGCUGGCAUCGCAAGGUCAACCGCAACCAGCGCCGAUACGCCGUCGUCUCGGCUAUCGCUGCCUCGGCCGUUCCCGCGCUGGUUAUGAGCAAGGGACACUCCAUCAACGAAGUUCCCGAGUUCCCUCUGGUUGUCUCUGACAAGGUCCAGGAGAUUUCCAAGACCAAGCAGGCCGUCGAGUUUCUGAAGAAGGUCAACGCCUGGAAGGACGUCGAGCGCGUUUACAAGUCGAAGCGCUUCCGCGCCGGCAAGGGCAAGCUCCGCAACCGCCGUCGCGUGCAGCGCCUCGGCCCGGUGGUCGUCUACGGCAAUGACAGCGGUCUGACCCGUGGCUUCCGCAACAUCCCCGGCGUGGAGACCAUCAACGUCGAGAAGCUGAACCUGCUCCGUCUUGCUCCUGGCGGCAAUGUCGGUCGCUUCAUCAUCUGGACGGAGAGCGCCUUCCGCAAGCUGGACGAGAUCUACGGCACCUGGAAGGCCGAGUCGAAGCACAAGCGCAACUACAACUUGCCCCAGCCCAAGAUGGCCAACACCGAUCUGUCGCGCAUCUUGAAGAGUGAUGAGAUCCAGAGCGUGCUGCGCCCGCGAAUUGCCAAGGUGAUCCGUCGUGGUGUGAAGCGAAACCCACUGAAGAGCUCGGUGGUGAUGCGCCGUCUGAACCCGCACUCCAUCGUCCUGAAAACGCAGGCCCGUGCCAACAACGACGCCCGACGACAGGCGAAAGAGCUGAUCAGCCAGGCCAAGAGCGGCAAAAAGGUGGAGCAGAAGAAGUUGGACAAGGCGCUGAAGGUGCUCGGCGUGAAGCUCCGCAAAUACAAGGAAUACAAGGCGGAGAAGGCGAAAAAGACCGCCGCCGUUGCGCCCAAGAAGAAGUAA